AAAGUAAUGGACAAACUAACACAGCAUCCAGAGGGGCAUAAAGCUCAGGCCAUGGACCUGAUCACCUUCCGCUGUGACACCGUGCUCUCUGAAGUGCACUUACUCCUCCCGAACGCUCGUCAUCUCAUGUCUCGGCUCAACGGCGUCGGACAACCAGUGUUUUUGUCAAGGUUCAGGAUUCUGAGGGAGGAGGAAAAUAAGGAGGCGUUUUCUCCAUCGGAUGAGGAGUCAGACUCUUGUCUGGACGAAGACGGAGAUCUGGAUGUUGCGAGGAAGCCACCAGAGACCGUGCAGGACCGAGAAACCGCUCACCCCGUCAUUCUGAGCCAAGCUGAAGGAAAGCUCAGUGAUGAAGACGCAGAGGAGGAGGAAGAAAAGGGAGAUGGCAUGACGGACGUCAUAAAAAUCGAGCACACAAUGGCGACGCCACUAGAGGACGUCGGAAAGCAGAUCUGGCGGGGAGCGUUCCUGCUCUCCGAUUUCAUCCUGUCCAACCCGGCUGCGUUCCGAGGAGCGACGGUGCUCGAGCUGGGAGCAGGAACCGGAUUAGCCAGCAUCAUUGCGGCAAGCGCGGCAAAAACGGUCUACUGCACGGAUGUUGGUGAAGACCUCCUCAGCAUGUGUGAAAGAAAUGUGCAUUUGAAUCAGCAUUAUAUCGCACCAUCAGACGAGUGCGGUGUGAAAGUGAGACAGCUGGACUGGACCACAGACGAUUUCCUCGCAGAUUCAGAAUUUGGCUGGAGUGAGGACGAGAUAGCAGACCUGCACGAUAACACCACGGUUAUCAUCGCAGCAGAUGUCUGCUAUGAUGAUGAGCUUACUGAUGCCCUGUUUCGGACUCUGUAUCGCAUUUCCGGUAAUCUGCGUCACUCCAGCACGGCCUACAUCAGCAUAGAGAAAAGGCUGAACUUCACACUGCGCCACAUGGACGUGUCCUGCGAGGCGUACGAUCAUUUUCGCCGCUGCCUGGAGCAACUAGGCGAGUCGAGAGGGAAGGAAACGACGUUCACGGUGUCGCCGGUGUCCUGCUCCUUCCCUCAGUUCUUCCAGUACGAGCGAGUGAAGCAACUGGAGCUGUGGAAAGUGUCUGUCUGUCGUAACCACACAAUAUCCAGCUCAACAUCCUCAAGUUCCGGUGAAAGCAAUGCAACAUUAAAGACUAAUCCAGAAUCUGGAUUUAAGGCUUGAUGCUCAGCUUCACUUUCUGCAGUUGGAAGUGUGCAAAUAUCAAAUACUGUGAAUGUAAAUCCUGUUUUAAGUAAUAAGUUGAAAGGUUUUAUUAUUUAAGGUGUAUUUGGUGGUGCUGAUGAAGUGAAAAUUUACUUUUAGUUUGUUUUUAGCUACAGGUUUGUACCUGGUUUGUAUCCAGAUUGUUGGGGUUGCAUGGAUUUCCAAUUUUUGUUCUUUUUUUUG